AUGUCAGAAAAGAAGGACCCAAGUGGUGAACUCGCCACCAAGGAAGAACAACCAAAACAACAACAACAACCAGCUGAUAAAGCAACAAAAAAAGAUAAGAAAGACGAAGAGGAAUUAUCUGAAGAAGAUGAAAAAUUGAAGAAUGAUUUAGAUUUGUUAGUUGAGAGGUUAACAGAAUCAAAUUCAUCACUUUAUGCCCAAUCUUUAGAUCAAUUGAAAGAAUUCAUUAGUUCUUCAACUUCGUCAAUGACUGCUGUUCCAAAACCAUUGAAGUUUUUACAUCCUCAUUACGAAACAUUGACACAAGCUUAUGACAAAUGGUCAGACUCAAAAUUGAAAUCUCAAUUUGCUGAUAUAUUAUCUGUUUUGAGUAUGACACAUUCAGAUACUGGUGAUCAUGAUGCUUUGAAAUUCAGAAUACUUUCAAAAGAAACUGAUUAUGAGAAAUGGGGUCAUGAAUAUAUCCGUCACUUAGCCUUGGAAAUUGGUGAAGCUAGUGCUGAAAUCUUGGAAGAAGAAGCUGAAGAAGAAGUUACAGCAAAAUUUGAUGGAAAAGAUCUAAAGCAAAUCACUUUGAAGAUUGUCCCAUAUUUCUUGAAGCAUAACCAAGAAGCUGAUGCAAUUGAUCUUUUAUUGGAAACUGAUAAUAUUAGUGAAUUGCCACAAUUUGUUGAUAAGGAAAUUUAUGGUAGAGUUGGUUUAUAUUUAGUGAGCUGUGUUCCAUUAUUACCUCCACCAGAUGAUUUAGAAUUUUUACAAACUGCAUACUCAAUCUAUUUAGAACAUGGUGAGCUAACUCAAGCUUUAGCCUUGGCAAUCAGAAUUGAUAAUGAUGAAUUAAUUGAAGCCGUUUUCAAUGCCACUUCAGAUCUUUCCGUUAAAAAACAACUGGCUUUGAUUCUUUCAAAACAAAACUCAUCUUUCAAGAAUGAUGAUGUACAAGACUUGAUCUACAAUGGCAAACUUUCCGAGAAAUUCCAUUAUUUGGCCAAAGAGUUGAACUUGUUAGAUCCAAAGGUUCCAGAAGAUGUUUAUAAAUCCCACUUAGAAAACUCACGCGCAGAAUCAAGUUCAAUUGACUCUGCUAAACAAAAUUUAGCUGCUAGUUUCGUCAACUCGUUUUUAAAUUUGGGUUAUGGUACUGAUAAAUUAUUAACUGACGAUGAUAAAUGGAUCUUCAAAACUAAAGGUGAUGGUAUGCUAUCAACAACUGCAAGUAUAGGUUCAAUUCACCAAUGGGAUAUUGAUGGUUUACAACACUUGGACAAAUAUUUAUACUCCACUGAAGAUGAAAUCAAGGCAGGUGCUUUAUUAGGUAUGGGAUUAGUUGGUUCAGGUGUUCAUGAUGAAGUUGAGCCAGUUUUAUUAUUAUUACAGGACUACGUCACAAACUCAAACAAAACUUUAAGUACCUCAGCUAUCUUGGGUCUUGCAUUAUCAUUUUCUGGUUCACAAAAUGAAGAUUUACUAAACUUAUUAUUGCCACUAGUUUCAGAUGUUGAAGUCCCAAUUGAAGUUUCUGCUUUAUCCGCCCUUGCUUUAGGUCAUGCUUUUGUUGGUACAUGUAAUGGUGAUAUCACUUCAACUAUUUUACAAACAUUGUUGGAAAGAGAUUUUGAACAAUUGAAGAGUAAAUGGAUCAAGUUCUUAGCAUUAGGUUUAGGUUUAUUAUUCAUUGGUAAAGCUGAACAAGUCGACGAUGUCUUAGAAACAAUUCAAGCUAUUGAACAUCCUAUUGUCAAGAGUUUAGAAGUGUUGACAAGAAUCAGUGCGUAUGCAGGUACUGGUAAUGUUUUAGAGAUUCAAAGAUUGUUUGAAAUCUUGACACCAAAAGGGCCAGAACCAGAAGAAAAAGAGGAAACUGAAGAAGACAAGUCUGAAGAAAAACCAAAAACUGAUGCUGAUGGUGACGAAGAACUUACCGAGGCUCCAGCUGCAUUGGACGCUUCUGCUGAUAUGGCAUCAUCAAAUGAAGCUGAGCCAAAGAAAGAAGAAGGUAAAGAAGCUGAAGAGGAUGAAGAUGAUGAUGAAGAUGAUGAAGAAACUAAGAACAAAAAGAAAGAUGAUGAUUCAUUAGCUUAUGCUGUUUUGGGUAUUGCAACUAUUGCUCUUGGAGAAGAUAUUGGUAAAGCUAUGAGUUUGAGACAUUACGGUCAUAUCUUGGAUUACGGUAGCGACUCUGUCCGCCGUGCAGUUCCAUUGGGUAUUGGUUUGUUAUCUGCUUCUCAUCCUCAAGUAAACAUUAUAGAGUCAUUAUCUAGAAUGUCACAUGAUACAGAUAUUGAUGUUGCCAUCAAUGCCAUUUAUGCUAUGGGUUUGAUUGGUUCAGGUACAAACAACGCUAGAUUAGCUCAAUUAUUUAGACAGUUGGCAAGUUAUCAUAAAAAUCCAAAUGCUCUUUUCACAACUAGAAUUGCACAAGGGUUAACACAUUUGGGUAAAGGUACUUUAACUUUGAACCCAUUCACCACCGAAGGAAGAAUAUUGUCAAAAGUUACAUUGGCCUCAUUAUUGACUGUUGCUGUUGGUUUCUUAGAACCAAGUUUCAUUUUGGAACACCAUUACUUAUUAUUCUUCCUCAAUAGUGCAGCUCGUCCUAGAACUUUGAUAACUGUUGAUGAGGACUUGAAUGAAAUCCAAGUUACUGUCAGGGUUGGUAAAGCUGUUGAUGUGGUUGGUCAAGCUGGUAAUCCAAAAACUAUCACAGGGUGGGUUACACAAACUACACCAGUUUUAUUAGGUGAUGGUGAAAAGGCUGAAUUGGAAGAAAACAGUGAAUACAUUGCAUUGUCAUCUUUCCUAGAGGGUAUUGUUAUCUUGAGGAAAAACCCAGACUACAUAGAACCUGAAAAGCAAUAG